AUGUCGAUGGCGCACCCGUCAUCCGGCCCGAUCCAGAUCCCGCUGCAUCCAUCGUCCACGCCGACGCAGUCGACCGUGCCGAUGGUGCCACUGCCCCAAGGUCGCAAACCGUCGUACGAUAGCGAGUACGACGACGCGGACCGGUACCGGCGGCAUUUAGACCGCUUUGACAGCAUGGAGAAGGACGACGACCAGUUCAUUCCUCCGCAUCAAAUGAUCGACCGAGGCUGCUUCUCGCUCGGCAUGAAGCAUCACUUCAGACAAAAGCCAGGCAACAUCUAG